ACAACACUUAUCAGAUGAAGUAUACUAAGUGUAUAGUAAGAAUAUUCUACAUGACUAUAGACAAAUUAUUUCAACAAUACUAUUUUUCACAUAUAAAAUGCUAUAUCUAUGCAAAAUUAUAUCAUACUAUUAUGAUAUUUCGCAAUAUCCAAUAUUGUAAUAAAACAUGAUAAAUCAGAUAUAACGCUAUAAAAUCGACGUCCACAAUGAUGAACGAUAUUUUACAGUUUAAAAUGUUCAAAACCGUCGCAGUCGGUUUGUUGAUAAUUUCAUCAAACGUUCUAUCGAGCGGAUACAAAUUUCCUGAUGGAUUUAUGUUUGGGGCGUCUACGGCUGCUUAUCAAAUAGAAGGCGGAUGGAACGAAGACGGAAAGGGUGAAAAUAUUUGGGAUCGUAUGACUCGUUCACGUCCAGAAUUGAUCAGCGACCGUUCGAACGGCGAUGUUGCUUGCGAUUCUUACCAUAAGUACAAAGAAGACGUGGCUCUCGCAAAGGAUUUAAACUUAAAAUGUUACCGUUUUUCCAUAUCGUGGUCUCGCAUUGCGCCGAGCGGAGAAGUGCACAAAUUAAACCCACUAGGAAUUGCCUAUUACAAUCGGCUUAUCGACGAACUUAUCGCUAACGACAUUGUUCCGCUGGUUACGAUGUACCAUUGGGAUAUUCCUCAGUACCUUCAAGAUUUGGGCGGCUGGGUCAAUCCAAUUAUGUCGGAUUAUUUUAAAGAGUAUGCUCGAGUGCUGUUCUCGCACUUCGGCGACAGGGUGAAAUGGUGGAUUACGAUUAACGAGCCCAAGGAAACGUGCAAAGGGUAUUCGUUUAACGGUUACGCGCCUUAUUUGCAUUUGAACCAGACCGGUUAUUAUAUGGCUGGCCAUACGCAGCUCAUAGCUCACAGUAAAGUUUACCACUUGUACAACGACGAAUUUAGAGCCAAACAACAAGGUAAGGUCAGUUUGUCAGUCAAUGGAUUUUUCUACGUACCCAAAGACGAACAAUCUCAAGACGAUGUAGACACUGCCGAACGGGCCAAUCAAUUUGAGAGGGGAUGGUUUAGUCAUCCUGUAUAUAAGGGCGAUUAUCCGCCAGUGAUGAGGCAAUGGGUAGACAAAAAGAGCAAACAAGAAGGUCGACCGUGGUCCACAUUACCGACAUUUACAAAAAAAGAAAUCGAACUCCUUAACGGUACGGCCGAUUUUUACGCUCUCAACUAUUACUCGACUCGUAUGGUAAAGCACGGUUCAGAUGCAGAUGUCAAUUAUAAUCCGGACGCCGAGUUCGAGACUUAUGUGGACAAAUCUUGGCCAGUGUCGUUGGCACCGUGGAUUAUAGCUGUACCGGAAGGCUUUAAAAGACUUCUGGUUUGGAUAAAAAACGAGUACGGCAACCCGCCCGUUAUAAUUACGGAAAACGGUUUUGGCGACAACGGCACGCUAAACGAUUUCGAAAGAAUUAGCUACAUCAAAAGUCAUCUUAGCGCCGCUUUGCGGGCAAUACACGAAGACGAAUGCAACGUCUUUGGCUACACGGUUUGGUCGCUGUUAGACGAUUUCGAGUGGAUGAACGGUUACGUGUACCGCUUUGGACUUGUCAGUGUAGAUUUCAAUAAUCCGCAAAGGCCUCGUACUCUUAAAGCGUCGUAUGGAUUUUUCAAGAAAGUCGUUGCCACGUACGGAUUAGACGACUCGUCGUCCACAACACAUUCUCUAAAAUUAUGGCUGAAUAUUUUUUUUUGUUUAAUCACCAUGUACUCAAUAUAUAUAUUUUAUAUUUUACCAAGAUAAUUGAAAUUAUAAUUCGGUAAA